AUGCCAUACAAAUGCACGCAAGAAUGGGCCCCCGAGCGCUGCCCGGACUAUCUCUCCGUCAUUGCCGGAGCCUUCGACAGCUUUAACAAACAGGAGAAGCAGAUCUCCAAGGACGCAGACGCGACGUUCAAGGCCGCCAAACCUCUCGUCCAGCACCAAGCCCGCGUUCUGGACAGCCUCGCUCACCUCCUCGUAUCCGAACCGGAAGGACAACGCAUCGUCAUCGGUGCCGAGAAGGGCGCGGCCGAACCUGCGUUCAAGCUCCUCGUCGCAGAAGAGCCUAUGCCUCCGGAGGACUCUCCAAUGACUACUACCGCCGCGCACCUGAGAGUGCUGUUACUCCGCUUGUGGAUGAUCCGGUCGCUGUGGGUCGACAGGAAGGGCCCGCCCGCCAACCCGGACAUGACAUACGCUUCCCAUCCUGACGACCCCUUCGAGAGCGCGGUCGUCGAGCUCGAGAUCAUCGUAUUGCGAUACUCUUGGCCGAACCUCGCACAUCGCAUCCUCGCGGGUUCUCAAAACACGCACUUCAUGGACACAGCGGCUGACGUCUGUGGAACGCCCGCUUUGAAACGCGAAGAUAUUUCGAACGAAGAGCGAGAGUUGUUGGCGUCGCUGCAAGAGCUCCCGCUAUCAAAUGGUGCACUAGGGGUACAGACCCAGCUCGACAAUAUCAAAAUGCUGUCGCGCUUUGCGAAGGAAGACGCCACGCCGAGCGACGCCGAUUUGAGGAAAGUCCGCUUCGCGCUGGUCAUUGCGAAUCUUUGGAGAAUCCGGCUAUCCAAGAGCGGCAAACAGCAAGCGUGGGACGAUUACGCUCGCUCGCGACUCUCGCGUACAGGACUGACCUCGGCGCCGGACAAUAGGAACAUCGAUGUCGCCCGAUGGAUCGACGAGCUCACCGUCAUCCGCUUCCACUUUCGGCGCGUAUCCGGCAUCACCAUCUCGCCACAUCUGUCACCAUUACUUUACCUCGUCGAAGGGAUCGUCUGUAUCGAUGCUGAUCCGCCUGCGCCCAAGUCAUUCGAGGUCGACCGCGCGCGGCUGGUCCGCGUGCUCUACGCCGCCGGCAUCGACGCGCACGAAUUGAACGACGUCAGGAUCAACGAUUUUCUCGAGAGCUUACGAGUCGCGCACGGCGGUACCUGGUCGGACGGCGAGGACGGCGAUGCUCGCCACAGGAAGUUUGUGAUCGAGCCUAUCCGCACGCUCCACCCCGAAUGCCUGAUCCUCAACGAGUUGCACGAACGCGCGGCGAUACCCUUCGUCGGCACAUCCGAACCGGCCUGUGCGUUCUGCGAGACAUACUUCGCAUUGUAUCGCAGUUUUCGCGGAUGGGAUAGUCCGAUACAUCUGAUGAGCAGCCACAACCGGACAUCGGGCUGGGUGUUCCCUGCGUUUAGCGACAGGCUGACGAGGCAGCUAGAGCAGGCUUUCUGCGGCCAGAUGAUCGGCAGGAUACGCCACGGCUGGCAUCGGUACUCGCCGAAUGCGCUACGAACGGACGUUGCGUGGUCAUCGCUGGACUGCGAUCCAGACUUGCUCCAGGAAUGGUUAACGGCCCGUCAAGAAAUCGAAGAAUCAUCCACUACUUGA